AUGGCGGCCCUCCUCGAGACGGUCGUCCUGGUCCUCCUCGAAGUGGUCCUCCUCGAGACGGUCCUCCUCGAGACGCCGCCAGACCACAACGAGGCGAUACACAGGCCCCUCGCAUGGUUGGGCUUGUGGGGAAGACUCCUCCACGUGCUCCUGUUCCUCGUUGGGCUCUGGCUCUUCUUUCUGCCCUGGAUCUGCCCUGACUCAAGCAGGACUGUCGCCGCUGCGCCGCCGGGGUCGCGUGCUGUCCCGCUGGGGUCCCGAUACGAUGGAGGAACGGCGAUGUUCUCCGACGCGCUGACCUGGCUGGAAUACUACCAGCGUGAGGCCAGGCGGGCUGGUCCGGCGGCCAACACGGUUGCUGGCAGGGAGUCGGGGGGGGUAGCAGGGCACGCGGUCGACCUGUCCAGGGGCAUCUUGCAGAUGGAGGAAGGGUUUGCCCGCCGCGAAACCCUCGAGGCCCAGGACCUAGAGGCAAUCGAGGCAAGGCUGCACAGCGCACUGGACGAGGCGCGCUACUUUGAGGAUGCCGGGCCGCUGUGGCUAUGCCGUCUGGCCUGCAUUCCGUGCGGCCCCGUGACUGACACGCUACCAUGCCCCGCCCACCCGGUCGCCAUCGCGCGGCGUGAGGCCGAGGCUGUGGCAGAGGUGCUCUCGUCCAUGACAUAUGCGCACCUGGAGCUUCUGAAGCAGCACGAGGACGUGCAGGCGGGAGGUCUCGAGCCCGCCCGUGACGACGUCUGUCUGGUUAGCGAAAGGUUCCAUGCCCCUGGCCCUGACGGAGGUCAUCGUGGCCAGCAGAUGAUGUCAGGGCUCUGGGACCUCGGUUCCGCGGCGUUCGGUGUGUGCCAGCUGACCAACCGGGAGAUGGAGAGGGGGAAACAGUUCAGGCAGGAACAACUAUGGAGCUUUAUGCACCAUCUAAGUAGGGCAAAUGCGAGGGCCUCUCCUGGAGCCACGAGCAUGUUGGAGUAG